UCGCAGCCAUCCGAACUCCAAUGUGUUCUUUGCAGUUCCGCCGAGUCGCAGCGCUGGCGCGCCGCAAGGAAGCGGCGAAGCGGAUGAACCUUGUGGGCUCGAGGCAGUCACUGAGGUCCAAACGCCGGCGGCAUCCAGAGCAAGGCAGUUGUCGCCCAGUGGAUGCGUUUGGAUGCUGGAAAACGCAUGCAUUGAGGACAGGAAGAUCAUACUCUUCGGCAAGUCGAAGGCCAAGCUUCCUCGAAAGCUGCUUGGUUGCGGCGAGUUUGGCAACUUCGAGUUUAACGCCGUGGAGAGGAGGCAUCCAGCCAGCAGGUCACUGCAUCCGAGAAAUUCUUCGGAGGUCCAGACGUUGCUGAUUGUGCCGGCGUUGAUCAGCGGCACUUCGCUGCACAAUCCUUUCCAUGUGUUGCAUUCCACCAUACCAGUGGCCUGGCAACUGCAUCAUCCAGACUAUGGCCUCUGCAUACCCAGGAGCGAGAUUGACAUUCGCCUGGCCUUCCUGAAUGCCUUUCAUGCCCGCAGGCAGGUUCACUUCUGGCGAGUUUUCUCUUCAGCCUCGGACAAGCUGGACUCGCAGGGGGGCGCGGGCGCGGUCGCGGUCGGGGCGCAGCAGACGGUCAUUCCAGCUCAGUGGCGAUUUUGGUGGGGUCCACUUUCGGAGAUGCCGCCACUUCCCCUAGGAGCAGAUGACGAAACCAAGUGCUACGCGCGAGUCAUCUUCGGAAGAGAGCUUCUCCGGACCGGGCUGGGAGGAUUUGUGACGCCGAGGGUCGUGGCCUUCUACCACCAUUAUUUGGCGUCCGUGUUUGCGCAGAGCAAAGGACCUGCGCACGAGUCUGGCUAUGCAUUCGAUGCAGAGCUUAAGAUGUACAGGGCCAUGAGAACAUCUGCAGCGAAACGCUAUGAUGCGGCUUCCUUGUCCGAGAUGGGCCCAGGCAGCCGGAUGGACAUGAACUACUUCACUCCAGACGGCAUGAAGUACCUGAUGCUGCCGCCGCGCCAAUUGCCCAGGGAGAAAGAUGAGGGACCCACAACGUGAUCUCAUAAGCGGGUAGCUUGGCAUCAAAGGACAAUGAUGGUAGCAUCCUGGUGGCCCCAUUUCGGUUCGCCGAAGUGUCAAAUCACACAAAAUGGC